AACUCACUCAAAUCGAUCGUGAAGUGUGAAAUGUAUAGUGCGAGAGCGUGCUGUGUGAGACCCACUCUUGAACACUAACUCGGUUUAUCGGACGGGAACUCCUCAAACGGCCAAACCCUGAAUCGGAUUUCUUAAUUGAUUGAAGUCAGGGGAAGGUUAUGUACGAAGCUCGAAAAAAUGGUGGAACAUAAAACCCCAACUGUAAAUUGGAUCUGRUUUCUUACUGUUUUGUAYUGUAUUUUGAUUCAUUUUGCCCAAAAAGAACUUUCAGGAUUCUUUGCAUGAGUUGUGAUAAUGGAUUCAAAGAGCAGGGUUGCGAGGUAUUUGUAAGAAGCAUUUGAAAAGCAUGUUGUUAGGGUUUUCCUUCAAAGAAAAGGGAUUAUAGAGCUCACRCCAGACAGCUACGGCACAAAUCGAUUAUAUGCCUUUGUAGGUUUGCACCUUCCAAUGUUGUUUAAUUUCAUCUCUAGAAGAAUUGGAUCCCAUGCAAGGCCUCAUAUCAAGCUUGAACCAGGCUGCAAUGGCUUAUUAUCCUUGUCCUCAUCAUCUUCACCAUUUACAUGCACACCUUCAGAUUCUUCAGAUCAACAUUYAUUUACAGUUACUUACCUUACAAAUUCAUGUGGGGUUUCUCUGGAAUCUGCACUUUUAGCCUCCAAGCACGUGGAUUUAUCGAAAUCCCCAAAUAGGGCAGACUCYGUUCUUGCCUUUCUCAAUGAUCACGGUUUCACUAAAUCGCAAGUUUCAAAGUUGAUUUGUAGGCACCCUAAAAUCUUAUUAUAUGAUCCUGAGAAGACCCUUUUGCCUGCCUUCCAAACUUUGAAUUCAAUAGGUCUUUCAAGUACUGAUGUUGCUGUAAUUGUAAGUGCUAGACCGAAAGAUAUUUUUGAUAGACCGUUGCAAGAUAGAGCCCUACAAUGUGUUAAUUAUUUAAGAAGUGUUUUAGGAUCAGAUGAUAAAGUUAUCAAAGCCAUUAAGCGGUACCCUAUGGCUUUAACUUAUGAUCUACAAGUUUAUGCUGCGGGAAAUAUUCAAAUUCUGCGAGAAAUAGGGGUUCCUGAGUCGACUAUAGUAUCAAUGUUGGCACUACAGCCCAGAACUUUCUUUACAUCUGUUGAUAGAUUUAAAAAGGUCAUUGGGGAUGUGAAGAACAUGGGGUUUGAUACUUCAAAAACAAGGUUUCUUUGGGCGGUUCAUGCUGUCAGGUCAAUGAGCAAAUCGACCUGGGAUAUGAAGGUGGAGCUCUAUAAGAAGUGGGGUUGGUCCGAAGGGGAGAUUUUCAUGGCUUUUGAGAGAUGUCCAGGGUGUAUGACGGCUUCAACGGAUAAGAUAAYGCGAAUCAUGGAUUUUCUUGUUAAUACAAUGGGUUGGGAAAAAAGUUACAUCCUUCAGUGGCCUAUAGUCAUGAGUUUCAGCUUUGAGAAGAGGAUUAUUCCUAGGUGUUUGGUUUAUCAGUAUCUAGCGGAGAAAGGGUUGACCGAUGACUUUUACUUCACGAACUGGUUGAUGUAUUCGGAUACGAAAUUUCUCAAAUGGGUUUUGAAGAAGUAUGAAGAGGAAUCCCCUGAAGUGUUGAAACUAUAUCRGAAGCAUUUGGAUGAGGCAAAUGGAUUGUAUCCCUCCAUUCUUCAAAAGAGAGAKAUAGUUUGACUCUUGAGAUUGUAAGUGGAAAUGCUAGGAAUCGUUUACUGAUGCUUACUCAGUAAGCACUUACCGCAUCACUUAUCUUACCGGAUAAACAUGACAAGGACCAAGAAUCUUAUCUAGUAAGAGGCAUGGGAAAAAACCGAUAUUCUUACCCCGUAAGUGAGAAAGAAGACUCUUACCUUGCUUACCARGUAAGAGACACUUACAAAYAAUCAAUUUUGAUGSUCGAGAAUGUUUUUGCCUAUUUAGAGUUCUAGCAACUAUUACAUACAGAGGCUUGUGACAACACCAUUUGGUUAACUUACAUUCCAUCAUGAUUGAACAAUUGUUGUGAAAGGGGUUGAACUUUUUAUGAAUCUGUAUUGUUUUGAGAG